GGACCUCCUGAAUCCAGCCAACUGCUUCUCAAGAUCUGGAUUCCCUUGGAAUUAGCUCCAGUGGUGACCUUCCAACAUGGGCAUCAAAGCGGCCUUGCCUACUUAUGAGCUGGGACUCUACGCCUUGGUCGUGUCAUGCGCCAUCGCUUACAGCGGGCAGGAGAUCUUCGAGAACUCUAGAGAGAGCAUGAACCGAAAGGCCUUCCGAGGGAACAUAAAACCAGGAUGGCAUUACUUUGGCAGGAAAAUGGACGCAGCUGACUUUGAAUGGGCCAUGUGGUUCACUUCGUUCAGAAACUUCAUCAUUUUUGCCCUUUCUGGACAUGUUCUCUUUGCCAAGAUCUGCUCCAUGACAGCUCCUCAGCACAGGUCCAUCGUUUACAUGUUGUAUGGGAUCCUGGCCGUGCUAGGCACCAUGGGCGGCACCUACCUGAUGGUCAUCCUGUCUCACUGUCUGGUGCUCUACACCGUCUCGCUGGCUAAGCAGAAGUGGCUGUGCUUCGUCGCCGGCCUCUGCAGCCUGGCGUCCUUCAAAGUGGAGCCCUUCAGCACUUGGCAGAAUGGCUUUGUAACAGGAACUUUUGAUCUUCAAGAUGUUCUGUUUUACGGAGGCAGCGGCUUCAGCAUCAUGCGCUGCAUGAGCUUCGCCCUGGAGAACUGUGAGAGGAAGGAAGGAAACUACUCCAUCUUCGCCCUGUUGAAAUACAAUUUCUACCUCCCUUUCUUCUUCUUUGGACCUGUCAUGACCUUUGACCGAUUCCAUGACCAGGUCCACGUGAGUGAGCUACGGCGUAAAGACUACGAGAUGUGGCACAUCCGUGUCCAUGCCCUCGUCCAUCUCGUGGCCAUUGUGGUCGUGGAUGUCUUUUUCCACUACUUCUACAUCCUGACCAUUCCUUCAGACAUAAAGUUUGUGAACCGCCUCUCAGACUGGGCAUUGGCUGGCCUGGCUUACUCCAACCUGGUGUACGAUUGGGUCAAGGCCGCCGUGAUGUUUGGAGUCAUCAACACCAUCGCCCGGCUGGAUCACCUGGACCCUCCCCAGCCCCCCAAAUGCAUCACCAUGCUCUACGUCUUUGCGGAAACUCACUUCGACAGAGGGAUUAAUGACUGGCUAUGCAAGUACGUCUACGAUUAUAUCGGGCAGAACCAUGACAACAUCUUGAAGGAGUUGGUGGCCACCAUCUCCACCUUUGCCGUCACCACCCUCUGGCUGGGUCCUUGUGAGCUGGUCUACAUCUGGUCCAUUUGCAACUGCUUCGGACUCAAUUUUGAGCUGUGGGUGCAACAGUUCUUCCAGUUGAAGUCGUUCGCCACGAUGGAGGCCAACAUGUCGGAGGCAAUGUCCCGACGCAUCAGAGCCUUCUUUGGGGCAGCCAAUUUCUGGGCCAUCGUCCUCUACAACAUCCUCGCCCUCAACAGCCUGGACUUCGCCCUUCACGUUGCCAAGAGAAUUCUCCAAACAGGGUUCCCCCUCAGCACUCUGUCCAUCUGGUUCAUCACUUACUGCGGGGUGCAGCUGAUCAAAGAGAGGGAGCGGUUCCUGGCCGUGCGAGAAGAGGAGAAAGGAGAGAAGGAAAAGGCACAGUAAAA